CGCGCAGGCGCGCGUGUUUGAAUCAAACCCGCGAGUUGCCGGAGUUUCUGUUUCGAAGGAAGCUUGAGUGGUCAUGGCGGAGCUGGCGGAGUCGGUCGGCCCAGAGCAGGCUGAGCGGUACCGGAGGUGUGUGUCCCAAGCUAAGGAAGAGGCCCGAAAUGGGAAUCUGGAAGAAUCCAUCCGGCUCUUCAGAGAAGCCCAUGAAAUCCAUCCCAGUGGAAAGCUGAUGGCGAAGGUUCAGAAGCUAGAGGAGGCGUUGGCUUCGCUGGCCCUGGAUCAGGAGGACGAUGGCUUUGUGAACGUGUGUCAGAGCGGGCUGAUGCUCUACGGAGAAAUGCAUGAAAAACUGUUUGACCACCAGAGGGAAGGGAUCGCCUUCCUGUACAGCUUGUAUCGGGACGGUCGGAAGGGUGGUAUCCUGGCUGACGACAUGGGCUUGGGAAAGACUAUUCAGAUCAUUGCGUUCCUCUCCGGCAUGUUUGACGGGGAGCUCAUCCGGUCCGUGUUGCUCGUCAUGCCGACCACGCUUGUGAGCAACUGGGUGAGAGAGUUCACCACCUGGGCGCCUGGCCUGCGCGUGAAGGUUUUCCACGGGACCAGCAAGGUGGAGCGCACCAGAAACCUCGAGCGAGUCCAAGUGAGGAACGGCGUCUUGAUCACCAGCUACCAAAUGAUCCUUAACAACUGGCAGCAGCUCUCCAGCUGUCGAGGGAGGGAGUUUGUCUGGGACUACGUGAUUCUGGACGAGGCCCAUAAAAUUAAAAGCCCUUCUGCCAAAACCACCAAAUGCAUGCACGCCAUCCCUUCCCAAAAUCGCAUCCUCCUCACCGGGACGCCGGUGCAGAACAACCUGCAAGAGCUGUGGGCUCUCUUCGACUUUGCUUGUCAGGGUUCGCUCCUCGGCACCAUGAAAACCUUCCGGAUGGAAUACGAAAACCCUAUCACAAAAGCCAGGGAGAAGGACGCCACCCCGGGGGAGAAGGCCCUGGGGCUGAAGAUAUCUGAGAACCUGAUGUCCAUCAUCAAGCCCUAUUUCCUAAGACGCAGUAAGGAUGACCUUCAGAAGAAACUCAAGUCUGAAUCUGAGAUCAGUCGUCCGGAGGAUCAAAACGAAGCUGUUGCUCCUGAGAUGCCCUCUCUUCCCAGAAAAAACGAUUUCAUUGUGUGGGUGUACGUAUCUCGCAUACAAGAGGAAAUAUACAGGAACUUUCUAUCCUUGGAUCACAUCAAGGAGCUGUUGAUGACCACGCGGUCCCCCUUGGCCGAGCUGAACAUCCUGAAGAAGCUCUGUGACCACCCAAGGCUGCUGUCGGCCCGAGCCUGUGGCCAGCUUGGCCUGGCAACGUCUGAGUAUUCUGAGAGAGAGGAAGGUGGAGAAAACGAAGCUGAGGAGCUCUGGGGCCAGAACAUGAACAUCGAUUACGUUUCUGACGAGUCUCUCAUUGAAGAGUCCGGCAAGGUGAAGUUCCUCAUUACUUUGCUGGACAGGCUGCAAGAAGAAGGCCACCAAACCCUGGUGUUCUCCCAGUCGAGGAAAAUGCUGGAUAUCAUAGAGCGCAUCUUAAUUCACAAGCGCUUUAAGCUCAUGCGCAUCGACGGGACGGUGACUCACCUGUCGGAACGAGAGAAGAGGAUCGACGCCUUCCAGAACAACCGAGACUACUCCGUCUUUUUGCUGACAACCCAAGUAGGGGGCGUGGGCUUGACGUUGACCGCCGCGACCAGAGUGGUGAUUUUUGACCCCAGCUGGAACCCCGCGACCGACGCCCAGGCCGUGGACCGAGCGUACAGAAUUGGGCAGAAAGAGAAUGUCGUGAUCUACCGGCUAAUCACCUGCGGGACGGUGGAAGAGAAAAUCUACCGGCGGCAAGUCUUCAAGGAGUCGCUCAUCCGGCAAACCACCGGCGACAAGAAGAACCCCUACAGGUAUUUCACCAAGCAGGAGCUGAGAGAGCUUUUCACUCUGGGCGACGUGCGCAGCUCCACGACCCAGCUGCAGCUCCAGUCCUUGCACGGGACCCAAAGGAAAACAGACGUGCAUCUCGAUGAGCACAUUGCGUACCUCUACUCCCUGGAGAUCUUUGGCCUUUCUGACCAUGACCUGAUGUACACGCGGGAAACAGGCCACGAAGACAAGGCGGAGGACGAAGAGGCUCACCGGUACAUUGAGCACAGGGUGCAGAAAGCCCAGGAGCUGAUGCAGCUCGAAUCGCAGCUGAAAGACCAGCUGGCUGCCAGCAUCCAACACACAACAGAAGGAGCGUGGCUGAGGGCGGCAGACCCGUCAUCUCUUCAGCCAAGGAAAAAAUCCCCAAAGCCGCCUCCAGUUUACUCUGCACCCUCACCUGUACCUGUGCCACUUCCAAACAGCGGCGAUGUCAUCUGCGUGGAAUCUGACCAGGAAGAAGACUUGGCCAACGCCAGCUUUCAAAUGGCAAGCCUGGCUAUUGAGGACGUGGGUGACGAAAGCCUGGUUCAGGAGGCAUCUUCUAUGGAUGUCUCUCUUCCCAAGACUGAAGAACCCAGGUGUGCCAGCAUACAGGAAGGUGAGCCAAAGCAAGAUCUGAGCUCUUCUCCAGUUCGCUUCGUAUCCAAUGAGGAGGAGGAUAGCUCUGGAUCCAAAAUGACCGCCUGUGAUCCUCCUGCUAGUUCAAACAACAGCUUUAACGAUGCUCAGAUGGCAGAUUUGCAGCGGUCCGUGGAAUCUUUUUCUGAUGGCGAUGACGAUGUUCAUGAGGCUCAAGCCAAGACUGAAACGUCACUCGAUGUUUCCGAACAUCCAUGCCAAGAGGCAAGUCCAACUGGAGAACUCGAUGCCGUCUCUCCGUCGGUGUUGCAGGCCAGUGGAAUGUCUCAGCGUAGCACAAAUCAGAAGUCUGGGAGGAGUGAAAGUCUGGGGAGGGCCGAGUCUUUGUUGGCCUCUUCCCUGUACCAAGCUGAUUUCAACCUUCUUUUAGAAGAUUCGGAGAACCCGCCUCAAGAUGCUUCGGAAAGAGAAAUGUUGCUCGAAGACACAGAAAACACCGGAUUUCAGCUGAGGCUCGACAGCCGCUGCAGCUCUGCAGCUCGUUCUGGGACAGGAGAAAACCGAAGCUGCAGGAGCUUCCAAUCUAGCAAAAAUACAAUGGGAUCCCUUGUGAUAGAUAUUUCUAACGCUGCACAGAACUCUUCCCUGGACGAUAGCGAUGUUGUUGCAUAUAAGAAGAAGCCAGGCCAGAUCAUUGUUUCCGACAGCGAGGAGGACGAAGAGGAUCCCGUCAUUUAUCUGGGCGAAAGCGAGCGUGGACACACAUUUCCCUUGGACCGCCCUAACAGAAACUGCGCGUCAACACCAACGUCUGGCAGACCUUUGGCUGAUUUUUGCUUUUCUCCGCAUUUCAAACGGAGCGAAAGAAGAUCAACAGCUUCUAGAAGGUCCUUGGCUGAUGUGGUGUUUGACCAAGUGGAAGACGUGGCGGAAGACAUUGCCAGUGCAUGUACCGAAAGGCCCUUUCUAGAUGAUCUUGAAGCCCUGAUUCAGGAGCUCAGUGGGAGGGAGUCUGCAGAGCCAGAAGAGGAGCCAUUGGGUGAAACGCUCUCUUCGGAGGGCAAAUCCAGCUAUUUAAGUGCAGUAGACUCCUCGGGCUGAUCCUGUUAUUUUUGAAGGAACGUUGCCUUGAAAGGUGAAACCCUUGCCUCUGAAAGACUUUAAAAAAACCAUUCUCAGUUUAUAUGGGGUAGAAUUGAACAGCCGCUUUGCUGUGGAAUUGUGUCGACAUUUCAGAUGGUUUUUGUGGUCUUCUUUCCCGAGGGUGGUUGGGAACGUUUAUGGCGAUGAAGGAAUUGGAAGUGUUGAUCUGUUAGCUGUACUUUCCCCCAACAAAGUAAACUUAAUUUUUUGGGGGAAACUUAAAAACACUUGGUUGCCUUUUCUUAACGCAAGCACCUGUUAUUGAAUUUUGAGUCUCACAGUUGGCUGCAAUAAGGACAGUGGGGAGAUGGAUUUGCUGGCUGGGAAACGUUUCAGGCACUUCAUAACCUGUUGUAGAUGUUUAAGGGUUUAGUUUGCGUCCUGUGAAUGUGUCUCUGGUAGUUAUUGUGAUUUCUUACAGCUGACUGCUAAAGGUUUACAAAAUAUACUUGGUUUCAUUGUGUUAA